GAAACAUUUCCAGUGGCUGGAGAAGAUGAUGAUAGAUCUGGGAUCGUUCUCCGACGAGAAAUUCGACGCCAAGAAAUGGAUAAACAAUGCUUGCCAGUCACGGCACCCUCAAGAUCCCUUAGACAAGCACCUAGUGGAUCUCGAGAUGAAGCUACAGAUGGUAUCGGAAGAGAUCGCUGCCUCACUCGAGGAACAGAGCUCCGCCGCCAUCCUCCGUGUCCCUCGCGCUACCCGUGACGUGAUCCGCCUCCGCGACGAUGCUCUCUCUCUACGUCAAUCCGUCGCAUCAAUCCUCCUCAAGCUCAAAAAAGCAGAGGGUUCAUCCGCAGAAUCUAUAGCUACCCUUGCUAAAGUUGAUACAGUCAAGCGUAGAAUGGAAGCUGCCUAUGAAACACUUCAGGAUGCUGCGGGGUUGACUCAGUUAAGCUCCACUGUGGAGGACGUUUUUGCCAGUAAUGAUCUUCCUCGAGCGGCAGAGACCUUGGCCAACAUGAGGCAUUGUUUGUCUGCUGUUGGGGAGGUUGCUGAGUUUGCCAAUAUUAGAAAGCAGCUUGAAGUCUUAGAGGACAGACUGGACUCAAUGGUCCAACCUCGUCUAACAGAUGCAAUAACCAAUCGCAAGGUUAAUGUUGCCCAAGAUUUGCGGGAAAUUCUCAUUCGGAUUGGAAGAUACAAGUCCUUGGAAUCUCACUAUACCAAAGUUCAUCUAAAACCUAUAAGGCAGCUGUGGGAGGAUUAUGAAUUAAAACAACAGCGUACUAAGACAGGAAGCGAAAGGAAUCAGGUUGAGAGUAUUUCAAGUGCCCAUGAUUAUCAAUCAAGUUUGCCUACAGUUUCGUUUCCCAGUUGGCUGCCAAGUUUCUAUGAUGAAUUGUUACUUUAUCUUGAACAAGAAUGGAAAUGGUCUAUGCUUGCUUUUCCAGAAGAUUACAAGACUCUUGUCCCUAACCUAUUAAUCGAAGCAAUGGUGGCUGUGGGUGCCAGCUUUGUUUCCCGUAUCAACCUUGCAACUGGAGAUGUAGUUCCUGAAACCAAAGCAUUAGCUAAAGGUGUAUUAGAUAUCUUAUCUGGGGAUAUGCCAAARGGUGUCAAAGUGCAGACUAAGCAUUUGGACGCUUUAAUUGAUCUACACAAUAUGACCGGCAGUUUUGCAAGAAAUGUUCAACACCUUUUUGGAGAGUCAGAUCUUAAWGUUUUGAGGGACACUCUUAAGGCAAUCUACCUCCCUUAUGAAUCAUACAAGCAAAGGUAUGGGCAAAUGGAGCGUGUUACGCUCUCAGCUGAGAUUGCAGGCAUUGACCUGAGAGGAGCUGUUACACGUGGUAUUGGAGCUCAAGGGAUUGAACUCAGUGAGACUGUAAGAAGGAUGGAGGAAUCAGUGCCACAAGUUAUUGUACUUCUUGAAGCAUCUGUAGACAGAUGCAUYAGCUUUACUGGUGGCUCAGAAGCUGAUGAACUUGUUCUUGCCCUUGAUGAUGUAAUGUUACAAUUCAUUUCAACCCUGCAAGAUAUCCUUAAAACACUUAGAAUUGUAUGUGGGGUGGAUGUUGCUCCUGAUGGUGUUGGUUCAAAGAAGGAAAUAGGAUCAGAGAAAAGGGGCAAAUUCGAGUUGUCAAGUGAGGAAGAGUGGUCGUAUGUUCAGAGUGCRUUGCAAAUACUCACAGUUGCAGAUUGUUUGUCSAGUAGAUCUGCAGUUUUUGAAGCUUCCUUGAGAGCUACACUUGCUAGAUUGAACACAAACUUAUCUUCUGCAGUAUUUGGUUCUAGUAUUGACCCGAACUCGUCACAUGAGGCAAUUGACGGAACUGGAGAUUUAUCUAUGGCCGGAAGGGCUGCAUUGGACAUGGCAGCAUUAAGACUCUUUGAUGCUCCAGAGAAAGCGCGGAAGCUUUUUAAUCUGUUGGAGCAGUCAAAAGAUCCACGGUUCCAUGCACUUCCAGUUGCAUCUCAGAGAGUUUCAGCAUUUGUAGAUACAGUGAAUGAGCUUGUGUACGAUGUUCUUAUAUCCAAAGUAAGAAAGCAGUUCAAUGGCAUAUCAAAUUUGCCCAUCUGGUCUGCGGUAGAGGAACAAAGCGCUUUUCACCUCCCAAGCUUUAGUGCAUACGCACAAUCGUACRUCACAACUGUGGGUGAAUACCUUCUMACCUUACCCCAGCAGUUGGAGCCGCUAGCUGAGACCAUUUCGAACAAUGAUACCAAUGCUGAGGAGGCCCAGUUCUUUGCAACAGAAUGGAUGUUUAAGGUUGCRGAAGGRGCUGCAGCUCUGUUUAUGGAGCAAUUGCGAGGGAUCCAGUAUAUAACAGAUCGAGGAGCACAACAGCUGUCGGUAGAUAUCGAGUACUUGAGCAAUGUGCUGUCAGCACUGUCAAUGCCAAUCCCUCCUAUCCUGGCUACAUUUCACACUUGCCUAUCAACCCCAAGAGAGGAGCUCAAAGAUGUCAUAAAAACAGACUCCGAAAGCCUUGAUCUCCCCACAGCCAACCUUGUUUGCAAGAUGCGACGUGUAAACCUGGAAUGAUGCCCUUUUGGCUAUAUAUAUG